UUGCUGGCCAGUCCGGAACGUUGGUGUUAGUGCCUUCGCGCACCCCAUCGUCGCAAUUCUUCGUACGUAGCACGUGAAAUGAAAGUUGAAUAUUACACUCCUUCAUUCCGUCAAAAGUAGCAAGAAAAUAGCACGAUUAUCCACUAAUUAGACCAAAAAAGGGUCUUCCGUUGUGCUCGCGGGACAACAAACCAUCCGGGGAACGUUUCCGUCGCGUUUGAUCGGUGAUCACGGUCAGCCAGGAAGCAAAGUCAGUGAGUGGCAGAAAAGUGUGAGGUCAGGACAGCAAGACUGGAAAAAAUAGUACGCAAAAAGGGAUAGAAAAAACUGGCGUGUAACGAUAAGUGAACCAAUCUUCAGGGAACCGACCAAAAAAGCCCGCAUCGCUGGGAUCGGGAAUCACCAGAACCGGAUUCCAUCAUAAUCAAGAGCGCACACACAGUGCGGAAUCCGACCUUCGCAGCAGCGAUUGUCAACGUAGCAGGGGCACUGAUUUCCUGCGAAAUCCAGCUAGAAAAAAAACCUAGUCGUCACUCAAGAACACGCAACUAAGCAAACCUGAUACUGCCACGUAACGGAACUCUAUUCCAACUCACCACUUAUUGAAAUUAGACCACUGUUCAACGAAUUGCACUGCGAGUCAGAACCAACUGUGUCCUGCCAAGUGAAACUUAAGCAGCGGAUAACGUGUUUUAUUGUUUUUUUUACCCAUAUACAUACAUUAUACAUCUGAAAUUAUCAGUGCGAUCGAUAUCAGGAAAUCCAUUCUAGUUGUUGUUAUUUGUGAUCUAUUUACUAUUUAACUCUGGAUCGAAAAUAAUUGCUAUAUUUCGUGCCAACCGGACACGCGUUCAUAGCAAUAAUGACGGACACAGUCGAACCCGUCGCUGACCAGCAGCAGCAGCACCAGCAAUCGGAAGAGGACAACAACAAUCAGAUCGACCUGGCCGACACGGUGGCAAAGCUAAGCAUCAAUGGAACAGCAGCUCAUGAUCAGCAGAACAAUAGCUGCGAAGAGAGCGAAGACAACAACAAUCUAGCCACUAGCACCAUAAACAAUAAUGUGGACAGUAACCAUCCGUCGAUAGGAAAACGCAUUCGGCGAACUUCCGAGAAGCUGCUAGGCGAGGACACCGGAGCCCGCAAGAAAUACUCGCUGGAUCAACUAUUGUCAUUGAAGGAUGCCACAAUCAGCAAAGAAAAGCCCACCACGAUACCGGAUGCGUGUCGGUCUAUCUUGAAGUCAUCGCACAACCCAAUGAUGGCUUCGAGCAGAAACUUUGGCAACCAAGAUAACUCGCUGUUACCAACGUUCAUGAGGGGUAUGGACGGUGGUGGCGGUGGUGGUGGCAUCGGUGGCGGCAUGAUGAACGCCCGGCCGGGUCCAAUGAAACGGGCACCCUAUCAGGGUCGAUUAUCGGCCAAGGAGAUGCGAUCCGGAGGCGACGAUGUGGAUAGCGGAAUUAUCAAGGUUAAUUUGAACAUUACCGAGGAAGUUAAAUUGAAGGAGUGCGCCAACGCUUGGAGGCCUCGGUUUUUACAGAAACAGGAAGAGCUGGAUGAAGACACCAAGAAAACACAGGAACUGUUCAAGAAAUUCCGCAGCGUGCUGAACAAGCUCACGCCGAACAAUUUCAACGACUUGGUGGAACAGGUGAAACAGUACGAAAUCGACACGGAAGAACGAUUGGACGGUUGUAUUAAGAUUUUAUUCGAGAAGGCCAUCAUGGAACCGAAUUUUACCGACACCUACGCGCAGAUGUGCAAGGAGCUUGGAACCAUCAUAAAAAUCGAAACAAGUGAUAACAAACAGCCGAACUUCAAGCGCAAGCUGAUCACUCAGUGUCAGAAAGAGUUUGAGAAGCAUCACACCGAUAAGGAAGAGAAUGCAACCGAAUUGGAGCAGUCGAAGAAGAAAGCCGCCGAAGGAGAGGAGAAAUCUGAUGAACUCAACGAACUGCAAUACGAGCUGGAGGAGAAGAAUGCCCGCAUUAAGAGGCGAGCCAUGGGCACCAUACGAUUUAUUGGAGAACUGUUCAAGCAGGAGCAACUGAUCUGUAGAAUUAUGUACUCCUGUUUGAAUAUCUUACUGAGCGAGGAAAUGUUGGACGAGGAAUCACUGGAGUGUCUCUGCAAGCUGCUGACCACGAUAGGUGGUCGGAUGGAGAAAGACUCGGUGCAAGACUCCCAAGGAUUGCAGUACUACUUCGAUCGUCUUCAGGAAAUUGCCGACCGGAAAAGUACCAUACAAGUCAGCAACCGGAUCCGUUUCAUGAUCCUGGACCUGGUCGAUUUGCGGAAGAACAACUGGCAACCGCGUAGGGCCCAGGCCGCGCCAAAGACGAUGGAGGAAAUUCAGAAGGAGGUCGAAUCCGAGGAGAACAAGAACAGAAUUCUGAACUUUGUGCUAUCGGGCAGUGGUGGCCGUGGAGGUGGCGGCGGUGGUGGCAACCGUCAGGAUGGGGAUCGGCAUCAUCGCGGCGGAGAUGGAGGAGGCAGUGCGUCCAAGAAUAAGCAACGCUUCGUCGAUGACGACGGGUUCGUGCAGCCGGUGUCGAAGAACAGCACUCGCCAACAGUUGCCCAUGUUCGAUCCGAAGAAGCUCAACCUAUCGGCGCAAAAAUCUCCGGAGGUCACCCGCCUGGGUUCGGCAUCGAUGUUCCAGGGCUGGGGUAAGAACAAUGCGUUCGCUUCGUUGACCGACGACCAACAGCAGCAGCAACAGAAUUCGGCCGGCCCCCCGAGUUUCUUCGGCUCAGGUGGACUGGGUGGUGGUGGCCCUGGCGGUAGCAGUGGCGGACAUUCCUCCGGAGGCGGCAAUAAAGGCGGUGGCGGCGGCGGCUACGGAGGAGGGAAUAAAAAAUCCGGCCGUGGCGGUGGUAAGAACGCCCCGUAUCAAGGCAGAAGCAGCAGUCGCUUCUGAUGAUAGGCCCUGGGUGCGAAUGGUAAGACUCCUUUCCUGAUUUAGCCGUUUAUUUUCCAAUUUUUGCGUCUUAUUUUGCUGUUAGAACCAGUUUAGAAAAGGGAGAAAAUUCAAAUAGGGUAAUUAUUAAUCAUUACACACGUGUUCCCUGGAGCAAAAUAAAAAUCUGGCGAUCGAUCUUCCAAAUUUCAGGGUAGAUUGAAGGGCGGAGAAAGGCCUAUUGCAGUUAGAACAGGGAAGUGGGAUUCAGUUGAGCUGAUCGACAAUUGCUUUAGUAUAGGGUGCAGCAACAUUUUUUACAUAGAAUGCGAUUAUAUUUUUGUUAACAGGUUCUGCUUUUGUUUUCAAGAUUAUAGCUUUUAGAGGGAUAUUUGAAUAAUCAAAACAACCGUAGUUUUCUGUAUUUUCAAUCCGAGCAACGCAAUUUGCACGCAGUUAGUUAUCCGAAACGAAUGGAACUAAUCUAGCCGAUUCACAUUUCCGAAUAGCCUAUACUGCCCCCAUUCGCACAACAGUCCAAUGUGAAUAGGAAGCCCAGCAAACAUGGGAUUGUUAUGCGAAUAGGGACAGUAUAGGUCGUAGUUCAUGCCAACCUUCGUUCAAAUGAUUCAUAUACCCAAGCUUAACAGCUUUAUAUCUACACUUUGGCCUGAUCUACGGGAUGUUGGUUAUAUCGGGUUGAGUUCGUCAGAACUCAAAGUGAUGUAAUUGUGCUUCACUAACGUAACGCAAAAACAGCCAAUAUUACUAACUAAAGUUCCUUUUGCAAUAUUUAGUUCAUGGCACAAGGAUACAGAAGAAAAUCACUGCAUAUUCCAGAAGUAGUGUCGUAAUAAAAAUGCGCCAACGAAGUAUACCAUGAUUGGGUAUGCUUCGCAGUACCGACUGCGCAGAGAUCCAACAGAUGGAAACAAAUGUUUCGAGAUGAAACCGGACGUAAAGAGAGAUUAAUAGGAAAACGCGAGUUAUAACCGUUAUGAUCAUUGCAACAGGAGGAAACCGACACUACCAACAUAAUAGUCAAGCGAUGAACGCUAAUAUAUCGUCAAAACAGAAAUUUAUCAAAAUCCACUACAUGAUGUAUUAGGUUAAGCUACAAAUGCCUUUGAAACUUCCAACUGAUUAGGGUAUCUUAGUAGGCCAAGACGCAUAACAGCAGCCAUCAACCAUAACCAACUGCUCUGGCGCAUCGACGACAGUAACCACCAUGCCUGUUGUCAGAUCCACGCGAAAGGAAGUUCUCCAAAUCAUGAUGACUUUUGAUUUUGAAAAUAUUGUUGUAAGUUUGCGGGAAAACGGAACUCUAAACAUAGGGAAAAUGAUAUUACAGUAAGUCAAGAUAAUACAUCAAGCAUGAAGCGUUAAUGCUCAAAACAUAUGCAGCAACCGUAUAUAUGAAAAAAAUAGGUGACACUGUCGAUUAUGGAAUGAUCGAUUUAUAGACAAAAAUAAUUAAUUGCAUAUUAAUAUUAAUAAUGAAGUGGAUAAAACUAAUUUUAAACUUAUUACAGCAUAAAAGUCCAGAGGAGCAGAAGCCUCUCUAACUGUAACGGUGAACUUACCAGGAAAAUCUUGUGAACUCUUGCAAAUCAUACAUAGUUAAAUACUUAAAAGUGUAAGCAGUUAUGAAGCAAAAGCAAAAAAAAAAGUCCGUUAUCCCAAAACCCAAAA